UGUUCGCUGAUGCAUUGAACAACCACAGACAGAGUUCUUUUGUUAGCAUUUUCACAUUCUGACUGCACAUCAACUGGAAGCAAUAUGACCGACGAGCAGGAGAUCAUGUGCAAAUUGGAAAGCAUUAAGGAAAUAAGAGCUAAGACGGUGCAAAUGGAAAAAAUUAAAACACGAUUAAAGGCAGAAUUUGAUGCCCUUGAGUCUGAAGAAAGGCACCUGAAAGAUUAUAAACACGAAAUGGAUCUUUUGCUCCAAGAGAAGAUGGCUCAUGUUGAAGAACUGCGACUGAUUCAUGCUGAUAUCAAUGUGAUGGAAAACACAAUAAAACAAUCUGAAAAUGAUUUAAAUAAGUUGCUUGAAUCUACAAGACGCUUGCAUGAAGAAUACAAGCCUCUUAAAGAACAUGUGGAUGCUUUAAGAAUGACUUUGGGUUUGCAAAGGUUACCAGAGUUAUGCGAGGAAGAAGAAAAGCUUUCUCUGGAUUACUUUGAGAAGCAGAAAGCAGAAUGGCAGACAGAACCUCAGGAACCACCUAUCCCAGAGUCACUUGCAGCAGCCGCUGCUGCUGCCCAGCAACUUCAGGUGGCCAGGAAACAGGAUGCUCGGCAAACGGCCACGUUCCGACAGCAACCACCUCCUAUGAAGGCUUGCUUGUCUUGUCAUCAACAAAUCCAUCGGAAUGCACCUAUCUGCCCUCUUUGUAAGGCAAAAAGCAGGUCUCGUAAUCCUAAAAAACCCAAGAGAAAACAAGAUGAAUAAUAACUCCAUUGAAUGUGCACAAAUCAACCAAGGUUUAAAUGUGGCAAUGUUACUCAAGCGUAAAAUGGUGUUAUGUAGUUGUUUUAUAUUUUUAUUUGUCGUAAGCACAAAACUGUAUUUUGCUUUUAGAAAAAUAAAUCCUUUGUGUGCUAA